CGUAGCAAGAAAGAAAUCAAUUUAAACUUAAACUCAAAAUAAAGACCUUUAUAAACAAACAUUAAUACACAAGAAACUAUGGGAAAAAUAACUCUAUGUGAAAUAUCAUUGUCAAAGAAAGUUGACCUUUAUUUCACAAAGGAACAAAUGAUUGGCGUUCUUAAUGUGGAAACAGAUAAGGAUCUUAAGUUGUCAGCAAUAUCAAUUACAAUAAAAGGUCAAGGUUAUGUUCACUGGACGGAGCAGAAGUUACGCGGACCAGGCGAGCCAAGAUUUAAAGACACGCAUCAUCACUCCGCCUCAGAAGACUACUUUGAACAUACAUUAGUGUUGUUUGGCCAAGGUAGUGGGGAACGCCUAGACAAAUGUUACCUCCCGGCAGGACGAUAUACGUACCCAUUCCAGUGCCAACUUCCGGCAAAUAUACCGUGCUCAUUCGAGGGAGAUCUUGGCUACGUCAGAUACUGGGUAAAAGCGACAAUAGAAAAAGGGAGAGAACUCAUACAUAAAACAAAACUUCCGUUCACAGUUAUCUGUCCAUUAGAAUUGAAUUCUGUUCCAGAUUCCGAUGUAAGUGUUAAAUUUGAAAGACAAGUUUAG